AUGUCUACAAGAGCCAGCUGUGAGUGGAGAGAUCAUCUAGGCAACUUGGUCGUCCUUAACCUUACCACCCCGCUCGGCUUUGCAGAUCCCCUUCACUUUGUCAUCGGUUUCAGAUGGUCGAGAAGAAUACGCGGUCUCGAUGAUCACGGUCGCGGCUCCCAUCCCCCUUACAUCGUAUCUACUAUCAGCAUGCCUCUCCCAACUCUUCGAAUAUUCAGCCGGCAGGCAUACCUUCCAGAUGCACUCUCCCGUCAUCAGCUUCUCAGCAGUGUUCUACGUCCAAAAAGACCUUCCAAUCAUUAG